GUUUGUUGGAGUGAAGAUAUUAUUUGAACAAAAUGAAAAGUCUCGUGCUUUGCGUCUGUGUUUUCAUACUUGCUUUUCAGUUGUCUGAUUCAUCAGAAUUAAGAAAACAAGUUACAGAUACCAUAACAAAUACAUACGAGAGUAGUAUUCGAGAAUGCAUGACUGAAAACAAUGCGACUGAAGGUGACUGGUACACGAUGGAAGAAAUGUCGACUAAUGUGUAUGCCAAUCCCGAAAAUGCAGAAAGAACAAGGAGACUUGGCUGUUGGAUUGCGUGUAUCAUGAAAAAGUUAAAUAUCCUCAUGGCUGACGCAAAUAUUAAAGAAGCGACACUUGAAGAAAAAAUAGAAAUGAUGUUUUUUGCUGAUCCUGACAAUAAAGGCACACUACACAGAAUUAGACGUAAAUGCUUGAAAGAAGUGAGAGAUAUUACACAAGAAUGUGAGAAAUGCUUUUCUCUGUUGAAAUGCUAUUUGAAAGAAGUACAUGAUCUACAACAUAUAAAUCAUCAAAAACAUAUAUAAAAAUGAAGAAGAAAAAGGAAAACAGAAACAGAACA